AUGCCACAUCUUUCGCCCGACGCGUCAAUUCGCCUGAACUCGUCCUCUGCCAUUGAUACGGCCAAUAAGCAAAGUACGCAAGAUGAGAAACAAACAGAUGCUCCGCAACAGGAGGAGGUUGAACGGCGGGUUCCAGAAACACCUGGUCUCGACGCCUCCCUUGGUGUAGAGAACAUGAACAAAGCCAGGCGACUACACUUUGAGGUUAAGAGACUUGCCCGUGAGCUUGAUCAGAUAUAUGGUCGACAACGCAUCAUCCGGAAAGUAAGCCCAUAUAGAGUGCGAAUUGGGGCUACACCUUUUGCGUUCAACAAGCGCGCCGAAUCCGAGACGCACCCUGAAGUCCGAGAUGGGAAGAUGUUCCUUGUCGAUAGACUAAUACCAAGCAUCUGGUUGCGGGACAAUUGUCAAUGCAAAGUUUGCACGCAUGACGCCACCAAGCAACGACUUCUGGAUACAUUUUCCAUCCCCGAGGACAUCUCGAUCAAGUCGUACUCGGCUGAAACAAGAGGGUCUGAGACGGUUCACAGAAUUGAAUGGAGUGAUGGACAUGAAAGCGAAUACUCGGGGCCUUUUCUCUCCCAAGCUACAAACAACGCGAGGUUGAAGGCCGUACAGCGUCAAGCUUUGGUCAACAUCAAACCCUGGGACUCAUCCAUCGCUUCGGACCCACCAAAGACUCUGUAUGCUAACGCGAUGAAUCCUAACACCAACGACCUACUUUUCAGGCUGCGCAGAUUCGGAUUCUGCUACGUCGAUGAGACGCCUUUCGAGAACCCAGAGGCCACGAAGAAGAUGCUGGAAAAAAUUGCCUUUAUUAGGGAAACGCACUACGGCGGCUUCUACGACUUCACGGCCGACCUAGCGAGCAAGGAUACCGCAUACACCAACAUCGCACUAGAAGCACAUACAGACACUACCUACUUCUCCGACCCAGCCGGCCUACAGGCUUUCCACCUCCUUUCCCACACCGACGGUGAAGGCGGUGCAAGUCUUCUUGUCGACGGCUUCAAAGCUGCGGACGAACUCUGGCACACGGACCGCAAAGCAUAUGAGAUUCUCUCAACGGUGAAUGUUCAUGGACACGCCUCAGGCAACGAAGGCAUUUCAAUACAACCCUACCGUGGCUUCCCCGUCCUCGAGCACGACACUGCUACGGGCGACUUGCUCCGCGUCCGGUGGAACACGUCAGAUAGAGCAUCUAUUGAGCUUCCUAUCGAAGAAGUUGAGACAUGGUACGACGCAGCUCGCAAGUUCGACGCGAUACUCAAGAAGAAGGAGAAUGAGUAUUGGGAACAGCUUGUGCCGGGUAGAGUGCUCAUCUUCGACAACUGGAGGGUGCUGCAUGGACGGAGUAGCUUCACAGGGAAGCGCAGGAUCUGUGGAGCGUACAUCAAUAGGGAUGAUUGGAUUAGCAAGUUCAAGAUGCGGCAUUUUGGAAAAGAGAAUGUGCUCAAGGGGUUGGCUGUAAACUAA